CGGCGCGUUUCUAGCAUCUCUCAUUCUCGUGCCGCACCACCGCUGAUUCGUCUGUAUUGUGAGAGUUUCAGUCCCGAUCCGAUCCUCAUCACAAAGAAACUCAAAAUUCCUGACAGUUUUCCAGAGACUUUCCCAGCAGAUCCCGCGCGCGCACAUACACACGCGGCCGCGCAUCUCAGACAAUUACGAGAGAAAUCUUUAAGACGCGCGAAAGAAAGCGCGUGUAGCGGACGGGACCAGACAUAUGGACUGGAUCAGAAUCUGAAGAUCGGCAUCAGAUCGUAAAACGCUGGAUAUCGAGCAGCUUCGUCCUUUCCGCGGUGCUGAAAUGAUCUGAUCUGAUCACAGAUCCCCAUCAUCAUCAUCAUCUGGACAGGUGUCUGUUUCACACUGAGUGCUGAUGUUCUUCAUCGAUUGCAAGAUGGUUGAUGUUCUUCGAGGUCGCCGGAGGUUACGGGUGUCCGUCUGUAAGCUGCCCUGUCCGUUCUGUUUCCUGCUGCUGUUUGUGGUUGGAGGUCUGGUGCUCUUUGUUCACCUGCAGGAUCUCUCAGACAUGGGGAUACAACAAACUCCAGCAGUGUGCACAGUUCAGCGAGUCAGCUGGCAGAGUUUCCCAGUGGUCUGAAGAGGGCGACAUCAACCCCAUCUCACCAAUGCAGCUGCCAGACUUUCACGGGAAACAUCAAUCUGCCACCCCGGGUUCACGUGAGCACGACACGGAGUCACAGCGGGUCACCAAACGCCACCGGAAACUUUUAAAAACCAGCCCAGUGGUACGGGCGCAAACCAACUCUUCAUCUUCACCUUCAUACGCUACAGCUGAGAGCUCUACGGGGCUGAAUGACAUUCAGGAAUCUCGUCGAAGGAUCAUCAGAGAGGUCUGCGCAAAGUACCGUAGUAAUAUUUCCAGGACGAUAACGCCACACCACGUCUCCCGGAUUUACGUGGAGGACCGACAUAAACUGUUGUAUUGCGAGGUGCCUAAAGCCGGCUGCUCCAACUGGAAAAGAGUUCUGAUGGUGCUGGCCGGGGUCGCCAACGCUACCAGUAAAAUCAGUGACAAGGCCGUUCACUACGACAACCACCUGAAACGACUGGAUAGCUUUGACAGGCAGGGCAUCACCAAGCGUCUGCAAACCUACACUAAAGUCCUGUUUGUCCGAGAGCCUUUGGAAAGACUCGUGUCUGCGUACAGGGAUAAAUUCGAGAACCCGAAUUCCUACUAUCAUCCCGUAUUCGGAAAGCCCAUCAUCUCAAAGUACAGGGUGAACGCAUCCAAAGCGGCUUUAAAGACGGGAAACGGGGUCACCUUUCGGGAAUUCAUCCAUUACUUGCUGGACGUCCAUCGGCCCGUUGGAAUGGACAUCCACUGGGAACCGGCAAACCAACUCUGUAAUCCUUGUCACCUGCAUUACGACUUCAUAGGAAAGGUUGAGAACUUGGAAGAGGAGGCCAAUUUCAUUUUACAAAAGAUCAGAGCCCCCGAACACCUGAUGUACCCCUCCGUCAAGGCCAGGACUUCCACCCAGAUCACGCAGGAUUAUUUUUCACAGCUGAACGCCUCUGAGAGACAGAGGGCUUAUGACUUCUUCUACAUGGACUAUCUGAUGUUUAACUACUCUAAACCUUAUAAAGACUUGUACUGAAGCUUAACUACUGCUGUGCAAACCAUCUGUUGUCCAUUCAAUGCUUCGAAGGGACUAAUAAGACUAAAUCACUUCUCUGAGUUUCACCAUCAGAUCACCUAUACCUAACCCAAAGCAUAUUAAUACAAAAUAAUGUUUUCUUUGCCAAAUGUUCUUGUGUCAUUUGUGGAAAGACCCUGGCCAUCAUACGAGUUAAUCUGCCGUGCAAAUGUGAACAGUAUGAAAUACCCAGAUGAUCUUUAACUUGACAAAGGCUGGAUUUACACAGCAAAUCUUCAUGCCCAAUUCCGAUUUGUUGCUUGUAGCCGAUUUUUUUUGAUGACCCGCUUACAUCAUUUUUUUUUUUUUUUUAAAGCGACUCGUAUUUGAUAUCUGUAUUUACUCACAACACUUGGCAAAACAAAUCAAAGUGGACAUACUGACCCGUAAAAGCUUAAACCUCCAAGAAAAUGUUGUGAUAUGCAAUGGACACAGACAAAAUGAUUAUACAGCUGUAACAUUACUUCACAAAGAUGCACUGCUAAGAUGACUCAUGUGAUCGCGUGUGGUGUCCACCUGAGUUGAUGUCAUUUGCCAGUGUUGCUUUUUUAAUGACACACGAGACGUCUUGAGAUGGGAAUAUCUGACCUGUCAGGUUACAUUGCGGAUGAGAAUGCAUGUAUCCAGUUCAUAUCCGAUUUAUUUACACGUAUGAAUCAGGCCUGAAACCGAUUAGAGAAUAUCGGAUUUUAUGCGCUUUUUCCUGCUUACACGUCCAUGGAUCAGAUCUGAUCUGUGCCACAUGAGGGGAAAAUCAGAAUUGAGUCCCUUCAAACAUGCAGUGUAAAUGCAGCCUAACUAUUUCAUCAGCCUGCCAAAAUAUAAAUGUUUUUAAGAAGAUCAUCAGAUUCCCGAUGCUCAAUUAAAAAUGCAAUGUAAUCCUGCAUAUACACACGGCACAGCAUUCAUUCACAGUAUUUUUGCACACAGCACUACACAAGUAGAAAAGGGCAAAUGUAACUUUAACACUAAUAGCUUUCAUCUUACAAAAAGACUCAAUGGUAUUACUGCUUUUUACCAUAGUAGUAUCAUGCUAUUCAUGUUACAGUUAAACCACGAUAACAUUAAUAUGGAAUUCAUAAAAGUACCAUGGUAUUAUCAUCAGAUAUUAUGGUACCUUUACACAACUUUUAUUUCAUACUAUUAUAUAUAUAUAUAUAGAGCCUAUAACUCACUUCCCUUUUGAAAACACACUUCAUGCAAACCUUUUUUGUGAUAAAAAUCUUAAUCUAUCUAUAAUUGUAAAAAGGGCAUUCAGAUGAUUAUAUUUUUCUAUGUAUUUGUAAAAUGGCUUUCAAUGUGAUCGAGGCGUUUGUGUAAACUCAUCUUUAAGUGUGUUUGCAAAAAAGUUUCUGUAAGAACGACAAAAAAUGCUCAACUAGUGUGCACUAAAUCUUAUUAAAUAAUGUUUAUUAGAUAACCUGCGUGUGCGUGCAAGCGUGUGCUGUAUGUAACCUGAGUGAUAAAAACACAAACAUUUAAACUCAUAUAGAACAUAUUUUAUUUAUUUAUGAAAGGUACACCAUGUAAGAGCUAUAUAUAUAAGCAUUAUAUAUGAACAUAGUAUAUUUUUAUUUCAUAUUAUUUUAUUAGAAAUCACAGAGUAGAUUUAUGUCAUACGCAGCAAUGAAGAAUCUGUGUGUGUGUUAGGUUGAGCAGGUGUUUCUCAGUCAAUCCUGAAUCGGCUUUAUAAAGGUGUGUUUAUUCUGAAAUACUGCUGUCACCCUCCUGUCCUGAUUCCUAUAGAAUAUAUUUCUGAAACUAUAUAUAUGAAACUAUAUGAUAUCACACAAGUAACUGGUGAAUGUAUAACUGUUGUUGGUGCAGAAGUGUAUCAAUCUGUAUGAUCUAUAAGCCCUUUGCCUUAUGUCCCACUGCCAGCGUUUCAGGACAGCUGCGGUCCUCCUGCAGAGUUUUACUCAAUAAACUCUUUGUUCUUUAGCCUUCA